AGAUCAGUGAUAACUGUACUCACCCUCCUUCAGGCCGGUCAAUCAUGGGAGAGGAAACACACAUUUUCAAAAAUUUGCUAACAUUGAUUUUUGAACCAUGUUUAAUUGUACUUACAGCCAACAACUCCACAUCAUUCUCCGAGUUGGCCGACACCUGCAGGGCGGCACAAAGGCCCAAAGCGCACAGGAAGGCGAAGAGGAACGAGUUCAUCGCUAGAUUCUGGACUCACACCUUCUAGGGAACACAGGGAUGCUGGGUAAAGAUGAGCCGGCAGCCCAGCAUGUGUUUAUCAGUGGCAAACAUGAUCUACAUGAUCCCGCCUGGCAUCCAGGCCGCAGCCUGCGCUCGAGUAGGCAACGCUCUGGGUGCAGGAGACACAGCAGGGGCGCUUCUCACCUGUAAGGUGUCGCUCUCGCUUACAGCUGCCUUUGCUGUUGUUGGAGGUAUAGCGCUCAACUCUGCCAAAUCCGUGAUUGGCUUCAUCUUCACUUCUGACCAUCAGCGGAUGGCUACAUGCAAGUGACGACCGAGUGCCCCGAUGGGAACCCAAAGAGCCAAUAUGUCAUUAAGGAGAGCGUGGACCAUCUCUCCGUUUCCCAGCUGAUCAUCCGAAGAGGCAUCGCCAUAUUUAUUGUGGUGGGUCUCCUGGUUGUGGGAGUUUGUGUGCACUUCCUGCUGCCUUUGCCAGAGAGCCCGAUCUGGAAGGCCAACUUCACAAUGGAGGUGCUCAAUGCCAUUUACAGUCCUUUGCAAACCUCUGUUACUCUGCUUGACUCUUCCUGAGGAGACGCAGAUGUUAAUCAAACAAUUAUUUGAUUCAAGGUUGCAUUAUUCAUCAGACUGUCAGUGCAGGAGUUGAUCACACACAAUUUAUCGCUUAGUUUCUGUCUUCACAAUAAAAGUGCUGCUCCAUCGCGCCUGCGCUAACAAAAUAAGAGUCUCCGAAAGCCAGCGCAAACAAGCUAGCAAGCUACGGAGUUUGCCGCCAACGUAUUUCUUGUAAAGUGUAUAAAAACGAAUAUGGAAGCUGGACAAAUAAGAUGCCAAAAAUGUGGUAUUAGACAGAAAGGAGCAACUUUUUUUCUCCUCCAUUUGAAAACGUGGACGUUAGCAGCACUGCUGUCUGAUUCCUAUCAAUGCAAGUCAUCACAAUCAUACCAACUUAUAUUCUUGUCUUCAUGAAAGAAAGGAAUCUAUAUGUUAAACAUGCAUGUAUAUUCAUUAAAACACCUCUAACAUGUGAACAAAAACGGCAAAAUAAAUAAAUAUAAAUUAUUUACUGUAUAUAUAAAUGUCUAUGUAUGUAUGUAUAUAUAUAUAUAUGUAUGUAUGUAUGUAUGUAUGUAUAUAUAUAUAUAAUAUGUGUGUGUA